AAUAAACAACACCUCAGAGGUCAGGAUGCCAUGAGCCCAGAGGUGGAGGAGGACAUCAAACCUGGUGACUCUGCAUCGGCCACUGGAGACACGGAUGAGAAAGGUGAAGAGAGGCAAGAACAAAAGGACAAUGAAAAGAACGAGGAUGGUGGUUCAAGCGCCACGGGCAGCGUGGUGCACAAACCGAAGAGAAGAGAAGCAUGGACUGGGGAGGCCUGGUCAAUUGAUGACGGCCUCGUUCUCAAUAUGCCCCUGUUCAAGGGAUGCAGCAUUGAAUUUAAGCGCCUUUUGUUGAGAGCGAUUCGUGAGUGGGAAUAUCACGAUGCUGGAAAGGAGACGUGGUACGACCCCGACUACGACGAGAUUUGCACAUUGGAGAAGUUGCCCAAAGAUCGGCUGCCUCCAUUGCACAAACCGUUCAUCGGAAUGAAGCUGGAGCCUGGAGAGUACAUUUGCCGUGGGGGGGACUAUGAUGACAAGUUAGUAGUGAUCAUCCGCGGCACCGUGGAGAAACUCGUGGGCGAUGCACCACAGGGUGGGCUUUGCAUCGUGCGGACGUUGAAGCGCGGGGACUGUGAGGGCAUCACCGAGUUCCUGGGCGUCGGCUCCGAGCAGCGCACCUGUGCGCUGCGCGCCGGGCCCGACGGCGCCCGCGUGCGCUUCGUCCAACGGCAAGCCUUGACGGAGCUGUUGCAGGAAAAAGUUGUUGACGAAAAUGCUGAGCAACCAGAGGAUCCAGAUGAACCGCGUGUGAUGCGAUUGAAGUGGACCUACGAGGUGGGCUAUUUCAAUGAACUCUCCUUAGAUCGGAUCGACUCCUUGAAUCAUAAGGAAGCUCGGACGUUGCUGCUCUGGAAUCCUGGACCUGUCGACAGCCUAGAGGAACCCUUGGACUUUUUGCAGCUCUCGGGCCAGUCGAUUUUCAUGGUGGACAAUGCCCUGGGAACUUCUGUCUCUGGUCCUCUUCCAGAAGGUAUCGAAGAAAGAUACUACUUUGACAAACAAACCAUUUUAAGGCCUGGCGUUCCCGGCGACUGUGCCAUUUUGAUCCUCCGAGGGCAGGUCGAAGCUUUGGUUCCAGACGGCUGCGCAGGGAACUGCUUACCUCGUGCGUGGCAAGCCGACGAAGAAGACAUCACAACUUCCUGGCUAGGUGACGGCCGUGAUGGAAGAACUGGUGAUGCCAACGUGCCGCUGUUGGCCAAGCUUGCACCGAAGGUUCAGCAAGAGCUGGAUGCCGACCAGGAGAAGGUGCGGAAAUACCUCAUGGAACAACCUGAUCGAACAGCAGAACAAGAGGUGGCAAUGGUUGCUUUGGUUCUGCCCCAGAACAUCAAGAAAGCCAUGGCUCACCUCCGGAAGGCUGCUGAGGAUUGUCAGUUGGACCUAAGCCACAUGAAAACCACUGACUGGAGAUGGCUUUGGGGCGACAAGGAAGUCUUGGUCGUCUUUGAUUGUUUGGAAAGAGCCAAGCUACUAAGCCCAUACGGUAUCCAGCUGUCAGAGCAGGUGAGGCUCUUCCUCAAUCCGCCUGAGGAAGAGCCUCCACCAGAGCCUCAGGCCGUUCUUGGGCCUGGAAUGCAGCUUGGGCGCUUGGCCUUGUUGGGCGUUCCCAUUGUGCUCUCCGGCGUCGUGAGAGCCAAAGGGCCGGUCUUGGUGGCAAUACUGCACAGGUCUGUGCUCCUCCAGGCCUUGGAGAACUGUGCUGAGAAGGAACUUUUUUUGCCACACGGCCUCACGAUCCACGACCGGCUGGAAGUUCUCAAGGCGCUCCCUUCGACCAAGAACGAGGUCAAGGAUCGGCCUUCGCAUUUGGGUCCCAUCACGGGUCCUCCUGCGCACAAGGAGUCUGGCGAUGAGUCCGAAGCUUUUGCCGGAACCUACAAGGCCUUUGCUUCACCGACAAGUCGCUACAGGGGAGUGCCUGGUGCCGAUGCCUUUGAGCACGUGCUCAUGAGCGCUCUGAAGAGCUACUCAGUGAUUUGGGACUUGGUCCAUGAUGCUCCGCCUCGAUUGUUGGAUCAACUGGUGAGGGCUUGGGAACCUCGGUGGCUUCUGCCGGGUGAAACCAUCGUGGCCGACGAAGAGCCCGACGCCGACUUCGUCUUCGUCCUGGUCCAUGGCUCCUGCGUGGUCUUGCUGGAGGACCGUGAGAUCGAAAAUGUGGGGCAAGGCUCAGUGCAAGGAGCUGCGCAACUGUUAGCUCUCAAUGGAUGGACUCGGACCGUUCAAGUAUCCCCGACCUGCAACGGUGAGGCAAUGAUUCAGGUCAUGAAGCGCGAGAAGUUGAUUGACAUGCUGGAUGGUCAUCCCUUGCCAAAAGCUCGGCUAAGAGCUUUGGAGCAGUCCCUGCAAGAGGGGAAGGAGGCCGAUUGGCGAAUUCUCCGGAACAUUCCGGCCUUCGGCUCCUGUGCCUUCCAGCCCUUCCUCGCACGCUUGCACAAGGAUGCUGACAUCCGACUCUUCUGUGCGGGUGACAUGGUGGCCUUCGCUGGAGACGAUUCCGCCGCGAUGAUGGUGGUUUUAGCGGGCACCGUGAGGUGCGAACAACCUCAGACGCUGUUCUUUGUGGAACUCCACCGUGGGGAGUGGUGCUACCAAGACAACAUCCUUGGGAACACACCCACCUUUGGACAUGAUGCCGUGGCCGUGACAAACGUCUUGGUCUUGGUGCUCUACCGUCAUGCCAUGCAGAAUGCGAUGGUCGCCUAUCCCGAGACCCGGAAGGUGGUCAUCGCCAAUGAGACAUGGAGGAAAAAGACCGGUUGUCCAGAUCCUGCAGGUUUGCAGGUCUUCCGGAAGCUUCCAGCCUCCCUACUGUCUGACGUGGUGGAAGAGGCAAAACCCGUCUACUACAGACCUUGUUCUUUGCUGUACUCCUCCGGUGAACGUGUGGAAGACAACGCAAUGCUCUUUGUUUUGCGUGGAGAGUUGCAACUGGCCAUCAUGGGCAUAGAAGUUCGACGGAUCGGGGCAGGUGGCUACGUGGGAUUGCAUCACUUCAUGGGCCUCGAGUGUCCCGAGCCCAACGUGACCAUCAGAUCCACGGCAGCAUGUGAUUGCUUGUUGUUGCAGCAGUCCACCAUUCAAAAGGCUUUGGAUGACGAUCUGAUGGAGGACGACAUGUUGCCGUACACCGCGUCCGUUCGAGUUUUGGCGGGCGGUGAGAUCCUGGACGCGUUCGGCUUCCCCGUCGGUGAUGGAAGUGCCAAGAAUGUGCCCGAUUGCGUGGAGCAAAGUGAGGUCUUCCGAGCUUGCUCGAAGAGCUUUGUGGCACAAGUGGCUGAGAUUGUGGAGGACUUGGCUUUCUGGCCGGGUGAGAAGCUUUAUUCGCAAUAUGAAGAGGGUGACAUGAUGUACUUCAUCAGGGCAGGUCGCGUGCGAUUAGAGGUCUUGGGACGUCGAGACCCCGAAGUCGUGGAAGCAGGCACGACACUGGGAGACAUGGCCGUGCUGGACCAGGUACCUCACUAUGUGGAGACCGCCUAUGCAGAGACCCAUGUUUGGGUCCGUGCCCUCCACAAAAAGCUACUGCGCCGAUCACUUUCCUCCUUUCCAGAGGAGGAAAGGUGCAUGCUGGGCCAGGUGCAUGCGGCCAAUCCGGACAUCUUUGGCUAAGCCCGUCCCGGAGAGAAGGUUCGAGACGCGAAGGUCUUCGUUCGUCCAAGCAAAGCGAAGCAACGGGGCCUCCACCCCUUCGUCAAGGAAGCCAGAACGACACAGUUCAAAAGUGAAGAACGAGACACACGAUUCGCGGGAAAAUCUCACCGAGUUUCACUCGAAGGAUGCCAACCGCAUCCGCGUUCGCAUCCGCGAGCGUCGCGCGAUGCAAAACAAGCAUCGCAUGGUCGCAUAGUGUUCGGACGAAAA